AUGUUAUACAAAACUCAGCUUUGCUCUUUUUACGCAAAAGGAAUUUGCGCUCGUGGCAACAAAUGUAGUUGGGCUCAUGGGGAAUUAGAUGUUAGACCGAUGCCAAAAUUUUACAAAACUCGAAUGUGUUAUACAUUUUUAUCGGGAAGUUAUUGUGAAGCCUCUAAAUGUACAUUUGCUCAUACAGAAGAAGAAUUAAGAGGCUCUGGAAAGGCCCUGAGGUUGUGCACAAAAUAUUUUUUAGAUGGGUAUUGUAGUAAGGCAGAUAAAUGUCCCAUGGCGCAUAGCAUAAACCAGCUAGACCCAUCUGUAAAAUUUUCGUCGACAGAACUUAUGAGUAGAGUUUAUAAUAAUGAAGAAAUUGAAAACUAUAAAAAUCAAAUGGACAUAAAUAGUAAUGAAAGCAAGCAAGCAGAUGAAGUAAAGGGAAAUCAUGAAGAUUAUAAUGAUAAUAUGAAUAAUGGUGAUAGUGAAAAGGAUAAUAAUGAAAAUAAUUCUAAAAAUAAUAAUGGGAGUAAAAAUGGACAAAGAGAUAAUAGUAGGAAUACCAAGAUUAAUAAAAGUAAUAGAAAUAAUGAAUAUGAGUUGCGUAAAGGUUUAGGAGAUAAUGAAGAUGAUGGAAAUAAAGAAAAAGAUAAAUAUAAUAUGAAUCGUUUUCGUAAUAGUGAAAAUAUGAAGGACUUAAAAAAAUCUCCUUUUAAUUUUUAUCGAAAUAGUGAGAGAAAAACAUACAAAGAAUAUUUGCUUGACACAAACCAACUUAAUGGUUGUAUCGGAGACAUAGACAAAGAUGAAGAUAUUUUGUACAACGACCUUUUGAUGAAUGGAGAUUAUAUGAGAAGAAAAAAUUCUACAAAAGAAAAUUUGAUAAACAAUAAAUUUGAGAGCACAACAUCAAAUGGAUAUCAUUAUAAUUAUGAUGGACUAAUGGAUGAAAGAGAACUGUCUAAUAACAAAAUGUACAAAUAUAAGAAUGUAAAUAAUGGAGAGAAUAUAGAUAUGUUUAGUAAUAAUUAUGUAAAUUUAAAAAAUUUUAAUAUAACAAAUAAAACAAUGUUACUAAAUGAGUAUUAUAAAAAUAAUUUUUCGUUAGCAGAACAUAAUACACAAAAUGGUGAAAAUAGUAAGGGAAAUAACAGCAAUAAUAUGAAUGGGACAUAUGAGGAUAUUAAUAAUUUUGAUAGGAUGUCUAUUUUAAGAAAGAUGGAUAAACAAAGUUUAUUAUUAAAUAUGAAUUAUGAUAUAAAUUUUAAUUCGAUGAAAAAUGGUUAUAAUGAUAAUAAUGAAAUUAAUAUGAAUGACGAAAAAAAUAUUUUUGUGAAAAAUAAUAAAAAUGGUGAUCUAAUUAAUAAUCAAUUUUUUGACAUUAAUAUAAACAAAUAUGAUGAUUCAAAGAAUUGUUCAAAUUAUUUUAAUGAAAAUGGGAUAAACAAAAAAAAAGAAAGAGGAGAAAAUAUUGAUAAUAUAGAGAAUUUCAAAAAUAUGUCUAUCGGAUUUAAUUAUAAAAAUAGAUCUAGAACAGACCGAUAUGGUAAUAAUAUGGCAAAUCUUAGUUUAAUGAACAAAAUGAAUGAAUCUGUUGAUGUUUCUGAUUUAAAUAAAGUUGGAUUUGAUGAAAAAAAUGAGAAAAACCUAAAUGAAAUGCGACAAAUGAAUAUGAAUUUAGAAAGUUUGAUAUAUAAUAUGAAUAAUAUAAAUUUGGGUGAUGGAAGUAAAAGUGAAAAGGAAUCUAAAAACCGAAUUUUAAUGCAAGCAUUUAUGAAAUCAAGUAAUGAUAAUAAUAGUCUUAAAAUUCAAUCUGAAAAAAAUAUUCAAAAUGGAAAUGAAGAAAUAAAACGAAAUGAUGAAAACAAAAUAAAUCAUGAAUCUUUUGAAUAUUAUACAAAUAAUGUUGAUUAUGAAUUUAAAAAAAUUAUUAUGGAUAAUGAAUUUUUAUUAGACAAUAAUAAUGGAAGUAAUAAUAUUAACAAAUAUAAUGAAUUUAAUGAACAGUUCAUAAUUCCUAAAACUUCAAACAAUAAUAAUGAGCAUAUUAUGAGUAACUAUACAGUAUUAAGUUCUAAUGAUUUAUGCAACAGUAUGAAUGCUAUGACAAAUUUUAGUAAUGUAAACAGUAUUAGUAAUUUGAGUAGCGCUUGUAAUAUAGAGGAUAUUAAUAAGAAAGGAAAUAUGAAUGGACUUAAGACAAAUUAUUAUAAUAAUUAUGAUAGUUAUAAAAAAAAUGCAAUUAAUAAUAUGAACACUGGAAUAAUAAAAGGGAAUGGCAAUAUGGAAUAUGAAAAUAUAAAAGCAAGCUCAAGUUCCAAAUUAAAUGAUUUAAAAGAUAUACGAAAUGAUGAAAUAAAUAAUUUUAUUAAUGAAGGUGUAAUGGAUAAAGCUUAUAUUGAAAAAGAAAUAAUUUCAUCUGAUGAAAAAAAUGGACAAGGAGGAGAAAGACAUGAUGAAGGUUAUACUUCACUAUCAUCGAAUGAAUCUUUGACUAAUGAUUAUGAUUUAAAAAAAGGAAAUAAAAAAAUGAAAAAAAAUAAAAUUAUAAAUAAAAAAGGAAAUAACAUAAAAAAAGAUAUACUAAAUGAAGAACAAGAAAUAAAUGAAAAUUUAUCCGAUGAAAGUACUAUAUUAUUAAAUGGAAAAGGAAAUGAUAAAAUGAGUGAAAAUCGUAUGAACAGUCAUAACGAAAUGAGAAAUAAUGACAAUAUAUUAAACAUGUCAGAAUAUAAAUGGAACAUGUGCAUGCUUAAUGGAAAUAAUAAUAAUGGUAGAAAUUAUGAUUAUAUAAAAAAUAAGUUUGGUAAUAUAAAUGAAAAUAGUAUGAAAUUUGAUGAUAUUAACAAAUUUUUAUUAGGAAAUAAUAAUAAUGUUUCGAGCUAUGAUUUUGAAAAAAUAUUUUCAAAUAAAAAAAAAGUUGGAGAAAAUAUGAACAGUCAGGUAGAAAUGGACACAAACAACAUGAACGAUUUAAUAGACUAUCAAAAUAGAAGAAAUAUUAUGAACAAAAAUAAAAAUGGAUAUAAUAAGAAUGGAAAUUUAUUAAGCAUGUUUCAAAAUGGUUAUAACAAUAUGAAUACUAUUAAUAUUGGUGAAUCAAAUAGAGAAAUAAAAAAUGGCAAUAUGAUUAGUGGUGUAAAUAAUAAUAUGAACGGACAGGUAUUUAGCUACAAUUAUUUUAACAAAAAUAAUAUGAACAAUGUUAAGAAUGGCUGUAUUAAUAGUAAAGACAAUGAUGAUAUAAUUAAUAAUAAUAAUUUUUUUAGCAAUGUAGAAAAUAGUAUAACAAGCGGUAUGUUAAAUGACUCAUUAAAUGGUACUGAUCAAAAUUAUUAUAUAAAUGAAAAUAAAAAAAAUGAUUUAUCUCAGCUUUCUAAACAUAAUUAUUCUAACUAUUUUUUAGACAAUAAUGAAAAUAGUUCAAGUAUAUCGAAUUUAAAUUUUUAUGAAAUGGCAUAUAAGACUAAUGGUGGUUUUUCAAACUAUGGACAUGGCAAUAAUACCGUGAAUAAUGAAAAUAAUAAAAUCGAUAUAUUAAAUACAAAAAAAAAUACUCAAUCUAUUAGCGGUGAUGAUAAUAAUGAUAGUUUAUCUUUAAAUAAUAAGAAUGGAAAAAAUGUUUUAAAUAAUUGUACACCCCUUACUUACAAUUUCAAUGGAUUAUAUGAAUGUCUCAACAAAAAUGAUAAAGUAAAAACAACCGAAUAG